AUGAGCGCCCCGCGCUGGCUCCUCCUGGCCGCCUCCGACAUCCGCCCUGCCGCCUCCCCGUUUCGGACCGUGCUGGCCCCGCGCCUCCGUCCGGCUCCGCGCGCUGCGCCACCGGAUCACCGCGCCUGCCGGCCGGCUCCCGUGGACUCGGACCCGGCUCACCUCGUCCGCAGCCCCUGCCGGCCUCCACGCCAGGCUCCGGCAGCUUGCCGACUCCGCCCCAGCGCCUCCGUCCGGCUCAGCGCGCUGCGCCACCGGAUCACCGCGCCUGCCGGCCGGCUCCCGUGGACUCGGACCCGGCUCACCUCGUCCGCAGCCCCUGCCGGCCUCCACGCCAGGCUCCGGCAGCUUGCCGACUCCGCCCCAGCGCCGGCUCGCCCACUCCGCCGGGCCGCCACCCCCAGCGCCGGCUCGCCCACUCCGCCGGGCCGCCUCCCCGCGCCACCUCCCAGGACCGGCUCCGCCGGCUCCGUCGGGCCGCCUCCACCGGCGACCGAGUCACCUCCUGUGCGCCCCCACGCUGGCUCCACCCCGCAUGCGCGUGGCGCCUCCGGCCGCCGCUCCCCCAACCCUGCCGGCCUCCACGCCAGGCUCCGGCAGCUUGCCGACCCCGCCCCGACUCGGACGGCCGGCUCCGCCGCUUGCCGACUCCGCCCCGACUCGGACGGCCGGCUCCGCCGCUUGCCGGCUUCGCCCACCACCCGGCCGUCCUGGCUGGCCGCCGGCUCCCCGCUCGCCGCUGCUGGUUCCCACAUCCGGCUGUCCAGGGCCGGCUGA